CUUGCACACUGCAACAAUCUAAGUGCAAGAAACUCAAUAUAUUGAUCGUUGGUAGUCCAAGAGGAUGGCGUUAGAUGGGCAGGAUUCUGCAACUUGAAUGCAUGGGAACUGAUGAAAAGCUGAAGGCCGCCAGAGGAUGGGGAUGGUGGCUUCUUGUGCUGGCUAUUGCAACUCUAGUCAUCGCUGCUUCUUACAUCACUCUCGGAAGGAAUUUCGGACAUUUGAAUGUUUUGUUUCAUCAUUCUCGGAGGCAUCCAGGAGUAGUUGAAAAGUAUUCUGAUGCUCUAGCCAUUGCCCUACAGUUUUUCGAUGUCCAGAAAUCUGGUAAGCUGGUGAAGAAUAGGAUUAGUUGGAGAGGGGAUUCAGGGUUGGAAGAUGGACAAGACGCGAAUUUGGAUCUGUCGAAAGGGCUCUAUGACGCUGGGGAUCUGAUGAAGUUCGGAUUUCCAAUGGCAUUCACUGCUACAGUUUUGUCAUGGGCUAUUCUUGAGUACGGAGACCAUAUGAAAGAGGUGAAAGAGCUGGAAAACGCUCAGGAUUCCCUCAAGUGGAUCACUGACUAUCUCAUCAAUGCACAUCCAUUUCCCAAUCUCUUCUAUGUGCAGGUGGGAGACCCUGAAUUGGACCACAAAUGCUGGGAAAGACCUGAAGCAAUGACAGAAACAAGACCUCUAACACAAGUGAACACAUCCUAUCCUGGAUCAGACGUCGCAGCAGAAACUGCAGCAGCUAUGGCCUCUGCCUCUUUAGUAUUCCGGUCCACCAACUCUGCCUACUCCAUGCUGCUUCUCGACCAUGCUCAUAAACUAUUCACGUUUGCGGAUUCGUAUAGAGGAUCUUACAGCAUCAGUAUUCCAAAAGUCCAGGACUUCUACAACUCGAGUGGAUUCGGUGACGAGCUCUUGUGGGCGGCAGCUUGGCUUUAUCAUGCGACUGGAGAUGAGUCAUAUCUGACGUAUGUGACUGUUGAAGGCAAUUUCUUUGCUAACUGGGGAACACCAACAUGGUUUUCUUGGGAUGACAAACUUGCUGGGACUCAGGUUCUGCUAUCCAGAGUGAACUUUUUUGGGUCAAAAGAGAUUCGAGGUGAAGACAACAUUGCUCUCCAGCUGUAUAGAAAAACGGCUGAGGUUGUUAUGUGUGGGCUUCUGUCAAGUUCAUCAUCAGCAACAUCAUAUAGAACCGAAGGUGGUCUAAUAUGGGUGAGGGAGUGGGAUGCUCUACAAUACCCGGUUGCCUCUGCAUUUCUGGCACUUGUAUAUAGUGAUUAUAUGCUCACCUCUCAUACAAGAAAUUUGUACUGUGAUGGAGAGCUUUAUGAGCCAAUGGACCUACGAAAUCUCGCCAUCAUGCAGGCGGAUUACGUGUUAGGAAACAAUCCAAUGAACAUGAGCUACCUUGUGGGCUACGGAAGCAGCUACCCUCAAUACGUACAUCACAGGGGUGCUUCGAUCCCUACAGAUGCCAAAACGGGCUGCAGCGAUGGAUUCAUGUGGCUGAGUUCAACAGCUCCCAAUCCGAAUGUAGCAAUCGGAGCACUUGUAGGAGGACCAUUUCAAAACGAUAGCUACAUCGACUCCCGCAACAACACUGCGCAAGCUGAACCAACGACUUAUAAUAGUGCAGUCUUGGUUGGUCUCCUUUCAGGGCUCAUCGCCAACUCUUCAGUAGUUCACUCUUUCUUGUAACUCUUCUUCUGGCAAACUGUACAUAUAUGGGAUACUGUUUAGGUGACCACAUUGAUGAGCUAGUUUAUCAGCCAAUCAAUCCUUCCUCUGCUUACUCCUUUACACUUCUGUUAAUUAUGUCGUGAGUCCAACUAAUUUGUGUACAAUAAUUACUGCUGUAUUUGGACAGUUUUGUAACUACGUGAUUCAUACUU